CCGGCGGCGGCGGUUGCCAGGAGCCCGCGUUGCCGCCAGAGUACCGUAAUAUGGCGGGGAGGAGGAGGAGAAGGCGGCGGCGAACGGAGCUGUUUUUAGUCAGUACCAAUUGAGCACUUUGCUUCCUACCAAGGCCAGGAGCGAGGGGAGGUGCUGCCAGGGCCGUGGGAGAACAGUGCCUCCUGUGUACAGACAUUGUCCUACAUAAUGGGGAUUCAGUGGUGAGCAAGACUGAGAAGGUACCUGUGCUUAUGGAGAUUGCAUUUCGGUGGAGGAAGACAGACAAAACCCAAGGAAAUAAACAAGAUAAUUUCAGAUAGUGUGUGAUUGUGGGAAGAUGGAGGAGUAUGAGAAGUUUUGUGAGAAAAGUCUCUCCAGAAUCCAAGAAGCAUCAGUAUCCACAGAGAGCUUUCUACCUGUCCAGUCUGAAAGCAUCUCACUUAUUCGAUUCCAUGGAGUGGCUGUGCUUUCUCCACUGCUUAAUAUUGAGAAAAGAAAGGAAAUGCAACAAGAAAAGCAGAAAGCACUUGAUGUCGAAGCAAGAAGGCAGGUUAAUAGGAAGAAAGCUUUACUGACUCGUGUCCAGGAGAUUCUUGAAAAUGUUCAGGUUAGGAAAGCACCUAAUGCCAGUGAUUUUCAUCAGUGGGAGACUGAGACAGUUUACUCCAAUUCAGAAGUCAGAAACUUGAAUGUUCCUGCUGCACUUCCAAAUAUCUUGCCAAGCCCUACUGAACACUCUACUUUAGCAAAGUUUGAAAACAUAACUGGAGUUUUGCCAUUGAAUAAUGAGGAUCAAUUUAAUGGGAUAGACUUAGCUAGGGACUCGGAAGAAUUCAGUUAUCUGAAGCAAUGUGAUAGUUCAAAUAUUAGCCAGGCAGAAAAUGAAGCUUCUUUAAAGACUUCCUCAGCAGCUGCACAGGAGACACUUACUUCUGAUGUUCUCUUUCCAACAAAUGAAGACCAAGAUCCAUCACUUUUGGAGGAAGUUACUCCGGAUCCCUACAUAAUGAGUCUUCAGAACCUGAUGAAAAAGUCAAAGGAAUAUAUAGAGAGGGAGCAGUCUAGACGCAGCCUGAGAAGUAAUGUAAAGAGGAGUGUUAAUGAAAGUCAUUCAGACAAAGAAAAUGAUGCUGUUAAAGUGACUGACUGUGGAAAGGAGAAGUCCCAGUUGAUAGGCAAACACUGUGGUUCAGUUAUUCCUGACAAACCAAGCCUUAAUAAAUCAAAUGUUCUUCUCCAAGGUGCUUUCACUCAAGCAAGCAGCAUGAAUACAUCUGUUUUAGGUAACUUUUCUAAAGUGGACAUAUCUAUACGAACUGGCCAUUCCACUGUUUUAGAGACUGAUUCUAAUUUCAAAGGCAUUCCCACUUUUGUUACUGACAAUAAUGUUAUCAAAAGUCUUACUGGUUCAUAUGCCAAAAUACCUAGCCCAGAACCAAGCCUAAGUCCUAAAAUGCAUCGAAGGCGUUCUAGGCCGUCAUCAGCAUGUCAUAUACUUAUAAAUAACCCAAUAAAUGCUUCAGAAUUAAGUCCUAAAGGGAAAGAACAGGCAGUAGAGUUAGUUGUUCAAGAAACUGAUGAAAAAACAAAUGUACCUGAAACUGUGCCAAAGUUACCAGUUGAUUUAGCAGGAGUUUGUUCAAGUAAGGUUUAUGUCAGCAAAAAUACAGAAGCCAUACAGGAAAUGGUUUUAGGUAAAUCAAAUCAGGUAUGUCAACCUUCAGGUAAUCAAUUAGAAAAUAAAGUUAUUCAUGGACUUGCUAUCAUGGAAGGUCAGUUAAUAUCUGAUGCGAGAGGACCGCACAGAAUGGACAGUACAUGUAUUGCAGGGGAAAGAUUGCAUGAGCCAUAUGCCGCCAGAGAGUGUGUUCUGAGUCAAAACUUUGAUACUGUGAGUGGAGUCAAGUCAACCAAUGUGUUAGAGAAAAACUCCUGCAACUUACAGAUGGAACUGAAUAAGUCUUAUGAUGUAAAAAACCCAUCUCCUUUACUGAUGCAGAACCAGAAUACCAGACAGCAGAUGGAUACCCCUACAGUGUCCUGUGGAAAAGAACAAUUUUUGGAUAACAGUUUUGAGAAAGUUAAACGGAGACUUGAUUUAGAUAUUGAUAAUUUGCAGAAAGAAAACUACCCUUAUGUUGUAACAACUGGAAUAACUGAACAGGAAAGGCAACAUUUGCCAGAAAAAAGAUACUCUAAAGGAUCUGUCUACAUCAAGAAUAAGAUGUUAGAAAGUAGUUCCAAAGAAGGCGAGGAGAUACUAAAAAGCAAGAUGUUAGCUUUUGAAGAAAUGCGGAAGAGACUGGAAGAACAGCACGCCCAGCAGUUAUCACUACUCAUAGCUGAGCAGGAAAGGGAACAGGAAAGACUGCAAAAGGACAUAGAAGAACAGGAGAAAAUGUUGAAAGAGAAGAAGGUAAUUACAGCAGAAGCCUCUGAAUUGGACAUUAGCAAUGCUGUGGACUUAGAGUGGAGAAAGAUAAGUGACUCUGGUUUACUAGACACAAUGCUGUCUCAAGUGGACUCACUCCAUACUUCGAAUUCAAAUAGUUCUGGUUUCACAAGUUCUGCCCUACAACAUAGCUUUGGUUCUGCAAAUGAAGUACCGUUCUACCUCUGGGGAUCAUCAACCAGUGGCUUGACCAAACUCUCAGUAACAAGGCCUUUUGGAAGGGCCAGAACUAAGUGGUCUCAGGUUUUCAGUCCAGAAGUACAAGCAAAAUUUAACAAAGUAACUGCAGUGGCAAAAGGAUUCCUUACUCGUAGGCUUAUGCAGACAGAUAAGCUGAAACAACUUCAACAAACUGUAAAAGAUACUAUGGAAUUUAUAAGAAGUUUUCAGUCAGAAGCACCUUUAAAGAGAGGAGUUGUUUCAGCACAAGAUGCUUCUCUUCAGGAAAGAGUGUUAGCUCAGUUGCGAGCUGCCCUGUAUGGCAUUCAUGACAUAUUCUUUGUAAUGGAUGCAGCUGAAAGAAUGUCUAUUCUACAUCAUGAUCGAGAAGUUCGCAAAGAGAAAAUGCUCAGGCAAAUGGAUAAAAUGAGAAGUCCACGAGUGGCUCUUUCAGCUGCAACACAGAAGUCUCUUGAUAGAAAGAAGUACAUGAAGGCUGCAGAAAUGGGAAUGCCAAGUAAGAAAUUUAUGGUUAAGCAAAAUCCUUCUGAAACAAGAGUCCUUCAGCCGAAUCAAGGACAGAAUGCACCUGUUCAUAGGCUACUGAGUAGACAAGGAACCCCUAAGACAUCAGUGAAGGGGGUUGUGCAAAGUAGACAGAAGUCUUCACAGAGCAGAGUCCCUCACAGAGCGCCUGUUUCAGGAGUAUAUGCAGGAAAAAUCCAAAGAAAGCGGCCAAAUGUUGCGACAAUUUAAGAAGACAACAUUCAUUAGGAUAAAAACGGGGGGAAAGGUUAGGAUCCAUAUUAUUUUCCCUGCUCAUGACUUUUUAUUUAACUCUGGACUCUGUUUACACAGGCCAAGUGAUGUCAAAGGGCUGAGAAAUCAUCUGGAUAUUUUGGUCUCUUUCUAACCACCCUCCCCCCUCUCAGAUUUUCCUCUUAGUAUCAGUUUUUUGUUGUUGUUCAGGCACAAAGUUGUGUCUGGCUCUUUGAGACCCUAUGGAAUAUACCCCCCAGGCUUCCCUGUCCUUCUCUAUCUCCUGGAGUUUGCUCAAAUUCGUGUCUAUUGAUGCCAUCCAACCAUCUUACCCUCUGCCGCCUCCUCCUGCCCUCAGUCUUUUCCCGCAUCAGGGUCUUUUCCAAUGAGUCUGCUCUUCAAUUUUGGGUGAAGACAAAUUAGUGCUUAGUAACUGACUCAUUUUUGUCCUUAACCUGUAUAAGUUUGUUUUAUUACUCAGGUGUCUGUUGAGAACCUUUUUGUAAACUUAAAGGACAUUUGGGUUUAUUUCUAUAAAAUAUUGAAAAGGUGUGAUAAAUUAUAAAUAAGUUCUGAAAUAUAAAGUUCAUCUUAGCACACUAUUUGAUAAAUUACUGUUCUGUUUAAGAGGAAAUUAUUGCAGAAGAAUGUUUUUCUUUUGUUUUAUUCCUGCAAAAACUGAUUAAUCUCUCAUAUUCUUGGAUUUAUGAUGUAAUCUCAUAGGAUAAAACACUAUUGUGUUUAUUGUGGUCUACCUAAAAUGUACCACAGAAGUAGCUGGGUGUCAUCAUUUUGGUCACAAGUGUACAUUCUUCUCAAAAACUAGUUGUCUUACAGAAAUGUUAGGCUUAAUGUACGUUACCCCAGUAAUAUCAGAAACAUUUCUACUAAACUAUGAAAUCUGUCGAGGGUAACAAAUUUGGGGAAGAUAGCACAAUCUUGAAUGUAGUAGUGCUUAGGAAUGAAUGCAUUAUUAAAUCUAUUUCUGUAAAAUAGAAUAACAUGUUGCAUGCAGUUACAUUUUCUAUUUAGUCUGUUUAUUUCUUCAUACUCUGCCUUUUUUUAGCAUGCUUGAUUUAGGAGAGGAUAAAGGGCUACCUAAUAUAAAUUCAAAUUUCCAAAUGGGAUGAUAAUACUCGAGUUGAAAGACUGCAUUACACGAGACACUAAUAUUUAAGGUUUUUUCAUCACUGACAUAUUCAUUCAAAAUAUAAACCAAAAAUAGUUACCAAGGGAACAUGGCUUUAUAAAAAAGAAUGUCAUUGUUAAUUUAUCAAGCCAUUUCCAAAAGGGCUUUGUGUUUCUCAUGUAAAAUUGGGAACAUUUAUGUGUGCAUUUAAUCUUUCUAACUUGAAUAUUAAAAAGAUACUGGUAUUUUGAAAAUGCAGACUGUAUGUAUUCUUAAUAUUCUCUUAAGGAUGUUGAGAUAAGGAUGGUUUUCUUCGAUUUUCCACUCCUUUUAAAAUUUAACUUUUCCAUCCAACUUUAGGCAGAAAAUUGUAAUCUUCUCUGAGUGUAAACUUGAUUUUCUUUAUUGAGAUGUGUCAUUUAUUUAAGGGGUAAAUCAGAAAAUUAGAAAUAGAACACAGUCAAAAAUGUCUGAAUUACCAAUUUAUAUUUUUGGGCAAAGUAUAUCAAAAUGAUCUUCUUAAUAUGAUAAAUUGUGCUUUAUCAUUUUGAAAACUCAGGAUACAGAUUACUUAUUAUCAUUGUGGGUCUUUCCAGUAUGAAAGAUAGAUGCUAAAUGUUUUGGGUACAGUAAUGCAAAUUGGCUAUACCAAAUAGUGUGUUUUAGAGAAAGUUAAAACUAGUUUUGGAUUAAGGAUGCAGAACUUGAGUUUUUUUUUUUUAAGGGUAAAGCUUGCAUGUUUUAUGAAUUUUUUAUUAAUGUUCACAGCUUUUUCUCAUAAAAGUGCCAGACUUUGUUUUGUGCUUUUAAUGUGCUUUUUAUUUAUAUAUAUUAUUUUAUUAUUUUUACUUUGAGUGGAAUGCCCAUUAAUGUAAAUUAUAUUUAUUUUUAUACUUUAAUUUUCACUAGUUUUGCUUCUAGGCAAAAGGUAAAAUAAAUUUUUCAUUGUAA